AUCGUCUUUUCUACUCUGGUGUUUGGACCUGCCUGUGGUUUCCUCCUGGGGUCCCUCUGCACCAAGUUCUAUGUGGACUUUGUCUUCAUCGACACUAGUAAGUCACUGGGAAAUACAACCUACCUCACAUCACCCCAAUACUGUGGAAAAAACACAAACACCACACAGACUAUACAAAAACUGCAUUCAUUAAGAAGUUAAUUGAACUAGCGACACAUAAUUAGAGCUAAGUAGUGUGUUAUUCAAGGUUACCCCAAAUUACUUUAAUCUGUACAUUGAUUAUGGGGAAAUCACUGACAUUGAUGUGAUGUGUGUUUUGAUGUUAAUAAUGCUUGUAUGUGUUUGUUCUGUCACUCUCCACAGGUAAGCUGGACAUUACCUCUGAUGACCCUCGGUGGAUCGGAGCCUGGUGGGGGGGCUUCCUCCUGUGUGGUGCCUUACUCUUUUUCUCAUCCCUCUUCAUGUUUGGCUUCCCCCAAACCCUGUCAGACCGAGAGAAGGACAGGGACGGUGGAGGGGAGAGUGAGCAGGCCAUGCUCCCCUCCACCUCUCUGCCCCUGGACUAUACUGAGAUGCCCAAGUCCAGCAACGGGGUGGGACGCAACAACCAUGAGCCUAUCAAUGGCCCCACCUGCUUUCAGCAGCUCAGAGGUUAGAGGGGAUACUUUUUUCUGUCCCUUUAUAGUACAUUUAGUAUUUGUGCAGUUCAAUUAAGACUUGUUAUGCUAUUGUAUAUACCGUAGCACAUCACUUGUUCUCCAUCUGUAUCCCACCAUGAUUUGUUUGGCUAUUACGUGCCCACACAUAGUUCUAUACAGUACUCAUGUCAGUGGUGGAGCAUUCAGUAUGAGGCCAAAUAAACAUAUUGUAGUCCCCACAAACUAUGUAUGAAUUUAACACCAGUGCAAGAGAGGAGAUACCAAAUGGGAGCCUGGGAAUGUUUAACCUUACUUUGGUGAUAGAACAAAUCCAAUGUUUACCUGGGAGAACAGUGAUAUCAGGGGCACUGCAGUAGGGGGAAAGAAAGUAUUUUAUGAAAAUAUGUGCGGUAAAGAGAUCAAUGGAAUUCGACCAAAACAAUAGAAACGCCACUUACGCAUCUCCCCGUGGGGGAAAGGUUCAGCAUCUCCUCAUUGCUGCCCAUCAAAAUUACCCUACAUUUAGGCUAUUGUUUAUGUGUGUAUUUCACUCAAUGUUGGGGUAAAAAUCUGUUUGUAUGGAUGUCACCAAUCAACUGCAUGACACGUAAAAACAGCUUCAACUACCACCACCGAUUCUAUAUGGCUAGCCAUGCUACCAGUUUAAAGGAAGGGGAGUUAGCAUUUAGCAGACCUUUUUAUAAUCCUGAAAAGGACAACUUGUAAAUAUUAUGCAGCAAAAAAAGCCAUAUGUAUUAAAAUCAGAUUUUAGUAACCACAUUGUGGGCCUGUUAGAACACAUCAAUUAUGAUGGAUUUGACUAAUAUGCAUUUUUUGAAUGCCUGCCAAUUCUGCGUUCCAUUGACCUCUUUACCGCAUGUAUGGUUUUUCUCAAAACCGCAAUGAAGAUUUAAAAAAACAUAGUUCCAGAUGCUGUUUUGUAAAGUAUAGACCAGGGCUCUCUAACCCUGUUCCUGGAGAGCUACUGUCCUGUAGGUUUUCACUCCAACCGUAAUCUAGCCAACCUGAUUCUAAUAAUUAGCUGGUUGAUGAACUGAAUCAGGUUAGUUACAACUGGGGAUGGAGCGAAAACCUACAGGAGGGUAACUCUCCAGGAACAGGGUUGGAGAGCCCUGGUAUAGAUUAUUCUCUGAUAAGCCAUCUGGGGUAGUGUAUGAUCUAUGCUGUCUGUUAUGAGAAAAGCAAGGGAAUUAAAUCCUCUGGCAGAAUAUUGUUUUCUAAAGCAUAUCAGAAAUAGCAAGAGAUAGUUAGACUUGAUAGCAGUUGUCUGUGUCCAUGUGGCACUUUGAUAUUAAGGAUCUCUUCAUCUUUUCUUCUCAGUGAUCCCUAAGGUUACCAAGCACCUUCUGUCAAACCCGGUGUUCACUUGCAUCACGCUGGCAGCCUGUAUGGAGAUCGGUGUGGUGGCUGGCUUCGCUGCCUUCCUGGGGAAGUACUUGGAGCAGCAGUUUAACCUUACCACCUCCUCAGCCAAUCAACUACUAGGUGAGGGCCAGUUGCAAGCACAUGCACGACACACACACACAAACAUACGCAACACAUACACACAGCCCCCUGGUGCCACACAGUACACAUUGAGCAGUACAGUGAGAGGCAUCAGUACAGUACAUGAGAAGGAGAUUAGGUUAACCUGGCGGUAUUAACUCUCUCCAGGUAUGACGGCCAUCCCCUGUGCUUGUCUGGGGAUAUUCCUGGGGGGGCUUCUGGUCAAGAAGCUGAACCUCUCAGCGCUGGGGGCCAUUCGCAUGGCCAUGCUGGUCAACCUGAUCUCCACUGCCUGCUACGUCUCCUUCCUCUUCCUUGGCUGUGACACAGGGCCUGUCGCUGGGGUGACCGUCGCCUAUGGCAACGAGUAAGAACAGCCUGUACCUACACCACUGGUUUAGCAUAUGUAAUAGCAGUGCUUCUGUUGGGGGAAGGGUGUUUGAUGAAAGUGGGAACAAAGUCAGCCACAUUUAGCAUAAUAGCUUAUUCUGUCUAGUUCCACAUAAAUGUGCUUUUCACCAAUUAAAACCUGCUCAUUUAGAUAUAUAGUAGCUACAGAAACGUGUGCUGUUUAUUCCUUCCUGAUAUGUACACAGAAUAGUCUAAACAGCUCUCUCUCUCCCCCUCUCCAGGACACUGCGGGUGGGCGAGAAACCAGAGGUCCCCUGCAUGAGUAACUGUAACUGCUACACCUCCUCAGUCAGCCCAGUGUGCGGCUCUAACGGAGUCACCUACCUGUCCUCCUGCUUCGCAGGCUGCACUACA